CCACCUUCCAGCACCACACCAGCAACGGCAACGGCAACGGCACCAUCUCCGACUUCACCCGGACCGCCCGGACUUCAGGCUGCAGUUACGGAAGCGGCGCAGGAGCGGCAGCAACAGCAGCAACAGGAGCAGUCAGCAGGAGCAGCGGCAGCGGCAGUGCGGCACAGAAGCCAAACGACUCAACAACUGCAAACUCAGCUGCGGGACCUGCCCAAGAUUAAAAUCGAAAUCGGGGUUCCCAGGGAGCAGCAGCAGCAGCUGCAGACACAGUUGCAGGGCAGCAGGGCAACAUCCACUUCCACCUCCACCUCGACGUCAACGUCCACGUCCAUACUGAAGACUUCGCUGCUGAGUGGGGCAGCGGCCACAUUGGCCACCCUCACGGCGGCUGCCGAGCAGAUUGCACGAUCAUCGGCCACAGCCAACGACACUGCCAUGGACUACUCGCACAGCAACAACAGCAACAACAGCAGCAGCAGCAGCGGCAACAGUUUAGAAGAGAACAAAAGACUUGAGCAUCAACAACUGCAACAACAACCACAGCAGCAGCAGCAGCAGCAGCAGCAGCAGCAGCAGCAGCAACAGCAACAGCAACAACAACAACAAUAUACAUCAAUUCUACAAACGGCCUUAAUGUCACAUCGCCCUAUACCAGCCACAACGUCUGCGGAAGCAGCAGCAACUGGAACUGCCACGAAGGUAUCGACGGCAUUGACCAAGAGCAAGACGAUGCCCACGUCACCGACACCUGCCCACGUGCUGAAGACGGCGGUGACAUUGGCCAAUUUAAGUGAGAUUGCCACCGCACGCCAGCAGAAGCAGCAUUUGCUGGCGUUGCAACAGCAACAGAAACUGCCCAGAAGGAUAAUCAAUUUUACAAGCAACACUGCCACAAAAGGAUUGGGUUUGGGAUUGGGAAUGGGUAUGGGUAUGGGAUUGGGAGCGGUAACGGGCAUGGCAACGUCAAUAGCCAAGCAAUUGCCAUCUGCAACAGCAGCAACAGCGACGUUGAGCGACAAGCUGGGUCACAGUCAGAGCCAAAGUCAGAUGGCAAAUGAACGAACAUCGGCGCGGAUGCUCAACGGCCACUGUGGCAGCCUGCGCACGGGAACAGCAGCAAGUGUUGCUGUGGUAACAUCAGCUAUCCACACUGCCGAUAUGCACACACAGACCGAUGAUGAGCUGCCUUGCUCCAUGGACAGUGCCAUGCCACCCCAGAUAACUCCUACAGCAACUGCCACACCAUUAUCAUCAUCAUCAUCAACAACAGCAGCAGCAGGCGCAGCAGCAGCAGCAGCAUCGACUUCUUUAUCAUCUCGCGCAGCAAUGCAGCAACAACAAUGGACUGCCGUGUCGACGACGCCAGCAACAGGAAUGAUGAUGACGACGACGACACAACAAUCACAAGCAACAUUAGCACCAACACCACCAACACCAACA